AUGGACGCCGUCCGCAGCGCUUCCGUCACCUCAGCUCGGGUUCGCACCGACGCCGCCUUCAAAAACCGCUGGCAGACUCUGUUUAAGAACCCCAAGAUCUUGAUCAUAGCCUUUUUUGCUUCCUUUGGAGGCUUCGAGUAUGGCUAUCAACAAGGUGUUCUGGGCCAGUCUCUGGUCAUGACCCGUUUCAAGGACAACUUCCCUUCUGUCAUCGAAUCAGCCUCCGCCACAGGUUGGCUCACCUCCAUUCUGCAGCUGGGAGGUAUCAUCGGAUCCCUCUCCGCCGGUGUUUUCGGUGAAGUCUUCUCUCGAAAGUACACCAUGUUCAGCGCCUGCUGCUGGGUCGUUCUCGGAUCGUACCUCUACAUCGGAGCUUCACACCACAACCCUGCUAUGCUGUAUGCUGGACGCUUCUUUACCGGUAUCGGUGUCGGUACCUUCUCUGGCGUCGGUCCUCUCUACAACGCUGAGAUCGCACCCCCAGAGCUUCGCGGCUUGAUUGUCUCCUUUUAUCAAUUUGCAACUAUCUUGGGUAUCAUGCUUUCCUUCUGGAUCGGCUACGGCUCCAACUACAUUGGCGGUAUUGGUGAGGGACAGAGCAACAUGGCGUGGAUGCUUCCCUCCAUCAUCCAGGGCAUUCCAGCCGCCAUUCUCGCCGUCGGCAUUUGGUGGUUGCCAUUCUCUCCUCGCUGGCUGAUCAAGAAGGGCCGCGACGAAGAGGGUCUCAAGACACUUGCUUACCUGCGUAAACUCCCCCAGGACCACGAGCUCAUUCAAGUUGAGUUCCUUGAGAUCAAAGCCGAAGCCCUAUUUGAACGCCGCUCUUUCCAGAAGAACUUCCCCAACCUGGCUGCCAAGGAGCAAGGCAGCGUUUGGGUCCGCGAGUUUGCGCAAUACUACCAGAUUUUUCGCACCUGGGACAACUUCAAGCGUGUUUCUACAGCCUGGCUGGUCAUGUUCUUCCAGCAGUGGAGUGGUAUCGACGCGAUUAUCUACUACGCCUCAAAUGUCUUCGAGUCCGUGGGUUUGACAGGAGGCACUCAGGCUCUGCUCGCCACUGGUGUUACCGGCGUCGUGUUCUUCGUCAGCACGCUGCCUGCUAUGGUCAUCAUCGACAAGGUCGGCCGCAAGCCCAUGUUGCAAGUUGGCUCCGCCGUCAUGUUGGUCUCCAUGGUUCUUGCCGGUAUCCUGGUGGCCAAGUUCCAGCAUGACUGGGUCACACACAGCGGUGUGGGAUGGACUGUCGUCGCUUUCAUCUGGGUCUACAUAGGCGCUUUCGGUGCCACCUGGGGACCUGUGUCUUGGACACUGGUCUCCGAAAUAUUCCCACUUUCCAUCCGAUCCAAGGGUGCUUCGAUCGGCGCCUCGAGUAACUGGCUCAACAACUUUGCUGUUGCCUUUUACGUUCCCCCGAUGCUCAAGGCUUGGACGUGGGGCACAUACAUCUUCUUUGCUGUCUUCCUUGCUGCCGGCAUGGUAUGGGUGCACUUCUGUCUCCCAGAGACAAAGGGUGCCACUCUUGAGGACAUGGACAAGGUGUUCGGUAGCCGUACAGGUGAGGAGGAUGCUAUCUUGCUGGCCGAGGCGAGGAGGGAAAUUGGACUGAGCAUGAACCUUGAGACGGAGGCGAUCAAGGCGGCGAUGCAUGGAGAGCCUAACGAGAAGGGCACCGUCCGUGUCGAGCAGGUUUAG